UUGAGUUUGGUCCUGUUUUGGUUCUGUGUGGCAGCCUAAACGCGGUGCUGUCUGUUUCUUCUUUAAACACUGAUAUCUGACCAAAUCAAGUCCUGCUGCUGCGGAUGGAUACAGGUUGCAUGUUUUCUUACCCUCAGGCUCGCCUGCCAGGUGCACCGCCUUAACAUUUCUGCUCACCAUUACAGCAGUCAACAUGAAGCUCGAGAGGGAGGACAUCAUUUUUCAGGCUCUCUUCUUGAUCCACAUCGUGGCCUGCCUCUUUUCUGCAGUGUCAGGUCAGUCUGACAGCAGCAGCAGCAGUGUGGUGGUGGCAGGGUACAAUGUGAGCGCCCCCGCUGGUUCCAAAGUGCUGCUACAGUGUGUGAGCGGCCGUAUGGUGUGGACCAGGGACCAUUUGAGGGACAGGCAGAGGGUGGUGCACUGGGACAUGUACCGGACUCGGCCAGACUACGCCAUGGAGAGGGUGCUGGACAUGUACUCUGCAGGGGACCAGCGCAUCUACAACUCCUACAACCAGGGCCGGGUGGGCCUCAGCCCCAGAGCCUUCAGGGAUGGAAACUUCUCCCUGGUCAUCAAAGACGUGACGAUGAAUGACAGAGGUCUGUACUCCUGCAACCUCCAUCAUCUCUACUGCCACCUGUACGAGACAAUCAGAGUGCAGCUUAACAUCACCAAAUCACGUCGUAAAGAGCAGCGUUUCUGGGAUGGACAUAAGGCGGUGUAUGUGGUGUUGCUUGGUAGUACUGUGGUGCUGCCGUGCAUCAACCGACGUAAUGUGUGGACAGACUGGAGCGAGGAGGAGGAGGACCAGCAAGUGGUCCACUGGGACCGCCAGUCCCCAGGAGUCCGCCACGACCGUGCCGACCGCCUGGUGGAUUUGUACGCCUCCGGAGAGCAGCGCAACUACGGAACGCUAUUCCUCCAGAGGAAGAUGAACAUCAGCAGUCAAGCAUUCUCAGAGGGAGACUUUUCCCUUUCCAUAUCUGAACUGCAGCCCACAGACCAGGGAAUGUAUUCCUGCCAUCUCCACCACCAUUACUGUGGUCUGCACGAGAGAAGAGAGUUUCAGGUCACAGUGGAAGCACCGGUGAUUAAGGCCACCCUGCCAGCCAGAGCACUACCAAGUGAAGACAAAGACACCACUAAGGCUGAAUCACCACGAGUCAUCAAUGUUAUCCUGCCCGACCAGAGACACUACUUUCUGCUGCCGCUGGGCUACGUCCUCACCUCCUUCCUGCUCUUGGCCUUCAUUAUACUCAUCAUCAUCCUCAUCACACGCAGACGUAAAACCAAAGAGUUUUACUCACAACCAUCCACGAGGUCCAGCAGAAGUGAAAGCACCUCAGAAGAGUUUGAGAUGGACAUAACUGAUGUCAAUGUGAGCAGUCUGGAGUCUGGUGGAGAGCCAAGACUUGAAUUCAAGAACAACCUGCUGAAAGAGAAGGUCCACACUAACACUCAGCCUAAAGUCAUUGAUCUUGACAAAGAGAUGCAGAAAUUUUCAAAAUGAGGAAGAGACAAAUAGAUGGCGAAACUUGAGUCACUGGCUGGUCCAGAAGCUGCACUCCAAACUUAACCCCACCACAAAAAAAAUCAGUUUUUUAAAAAGCCAACAUUGAGGCCUUUUGUUGUUUGAAUUGUAAGUACUAGAGACCAAGAAAAAUGUGUUACAUUUUCUUUCAUUUUACUUGAUCAAACUACAACAUCUGGACAUGGACCCUUUGGCGCUACCCAGAGGGGACUUUUAAACAGAGCUGUGUCUGUUAAAGCAGCAAUGUGUGCACACGAUAAAUAAAGUUGUGAUCGAGUACAUUUUCAUUUGAUACUGCUUCGAUGAUUAUACCUAAAGCGUAAAAAGAUACAGUUUUUUCUUCUUUUUUUUAACUCACAUAUCCAUCUUUGCUUAACUGACUGGACUGAAGCAUAACUGAAGCUGUAUUCUUAGUAGCUCCUGCUAUGCUAUGAUGCUUUAUGCCAACUGACCAAUGAAGCAGUGUAUGUAAACAAUGUUUUGUUUUGAUGCUCAUACUGUUUUUUUGUGUAAUGUUACUUUUUACACUUAUUAAAAUGGCAAUGUGUGAUGCUGAUUUUAA